AUGUCCAACCCAGGCGAUCCCGGCUGGAAAUGGUUCCCCAACGACAAAGACUCGUGGCGCCUCGACGUCGUCUCUCUUCUCGCAGUCAUUGGCGAGUCCGCCAUCGGUGAACAUGCGCAAACCAUCACCGCCUCCAUGCUCUGCAUGCUGCCUCGUCUUUUACCCGCACCUCAAGCCCUGCUGAAGCCAUCUCGCCCCACGCGUUUGCCAGAGACGCACGCCAAGAUGGCUGGUGUGGAGAGCGGCACAGUCCUGGAUUCGGUGGGCUUCUUCGCCAACAUCAUCCUGCCCCUGGAGGAGCUGGUGCCCUACGAUUUCGUCGAGCUGGACAUCAGACAUGCGGCGGAUGCGCUGCCACUGGAGGCUCUAAAUCAGCCUCAUCGCCGUGGAUUUAUCGCCAGGUGCAUGUCGUUGGUUCGUAAGACAGAGCCCUCUUCCGAGGGCAUUUCUCCAAACGCAGAGAAAGAGAGCGAAACGGAGCAUCGGGGAAUGACUUCCUCCACAGACCGAGACAUCGAGAAAGCUCGCCCUUCCGCAAGGCACCCAACAGACCCAAAAGUCCACUUUGACUCCAGCGUUGCCAAUGGACACGACCAUCACGAUCCCCAUCCUGGAAUCAUACGCCGACGAACCAACACCGAGGUGGUGCAAGAUCUGCUCUCCGCCAGAACCAUCGCGAUCAAAGGAAGACGGCCCAUUGUUCCACCGAAACUCUUCUCUCCUCUCCACAUUCUGUCUGCCUUCUCAUGCCUCCUCAGCAUCGGCAUCCUCAUCGCAGCCAUCUUUUGGCAAGACGGCACAGCCAUCCUCGCCAUCGUCCUUGUCUCCUUUGUCUCCACCGUCAUUGGCUAUGCUUCUUCCUGGCGGCCGAUUCUGAUGCAGCGCCGCCACACUAACAAAGUGCCUAGCGGCGACGUCAUGAUUCGGACCCGUGAGGGAGCCUUUGUCCUGGUUCGCUGUUCAGAAGAUGUGGCUCGCGAGCUCUACUCUGGCACGGAAGAAUGCGAAUACUAUGUCGGCGAGAAGGUCUACAGGCUAUGCAUGGCGCUCGGCACAAUCCUCCUCAUGUUUGGAGUUGUGCUCCUCGGCAACUGCACCUGGAACUCGCAAAUCUUCAUCGGAGGAUCGUACAUUGUUCUCAACGGCCUGUACUGGGGACUCGGCAUGUUGCCCAUGAAGUAUUUUUGGGAUCUUUCACGCUACAACUGCAAAGACGUCACCCAGAAGGACAGUGAGAAUGCACGCGGCGUCACCAACUCCAGUGAUGAGCGUGAAGGGCACCCCAGCUUCACUCGCACUCUGUGGUACGCCAUACGCGAAACAAAAUCGAUAGGAUGGGUCGAGCGAAGCGGUGCAGCGCCCGGAACGCCGCAAUGGAAGCAAUGGCUGAACGAGGCGCUGGAGAAUGCAAAGGCCGAAAAGCGUGACUGGCCGGCCGUGAAGAGAAAAAACGAGAUUUUCUCUGGAGUGAGUGACCCGGCGGAACAGAAAGCGCCGUUGGAUGAGGUGCAACCUCCACCGCAUUCAAGGAGCUAA